CGGCACCGUGCUGGUGCCCAUCCUGCUGGUCACCCUGGUCUUCACCAAAAACUUCGCAGCCCUUCCUGCGUCCUGAGAGCCGGCUGCGUGGCUGCGUGGCGUCCUCUCUCCCGCCCCCGCUUCUGUCCUCACAUCUCCUCUGACUCUGACCCUCUUAGAAGAACCCCGCAACUGCCGCCCACCAAGACCCCCAACCUAGGCAUGUCUGCAAAGUCCUCGUGAACCGGGAAACGUGACACCGCCACAGGCUCCAGGGUUGGGACGUGGCAUCUUUGGGGGCCAUGAUUCUGCUCGCUGCAGACCCCGUGUGGAGGGUGGACGCUCUUCUCUGGCUCCUGGGAUUGGCUGUGAGGACAAAACAUAAAGGAACCCAUUUACUGUUACACCCCGCACAACUUCACGCGCGACCAGGCGCUGUACGCCCGCGGCUACUGCUGGACGGAGCUGCGGGACGCGCUGCCCGGCGUGGACGCCAGCCUGUGGCCGUCGCUGUUUGAGCACAAGUUCCUGCCCUACGCGCUGCUGGCCUUCGCCGCCAUCAUGUACGUGCCCGCACUGGGCUGGGAGUUCCUGGCCUCCACGCGCCUCACCUCCGAGCUCAACUUCCUGCUGCAGGAGAUCGACAACUGUUACCACCGUGCGGCCGAGGGCCGCGCGCCCAAGAUCGAGAAGCAGAUCCAGUCCAAGGGCCCGGGCAUCACGGAGCGCGAGAAGCGCGAGAUCAUCGAGAACGCGGAGAAGGAGAAGAGCCCGGAGCAGAACCUGUUCGAGAAGUACCUGGAGCGCCGCGGCCGCAGCAACUUCCUGGCCAAGCUGUACCUGGCGCGGCACGUGCUGAUCCUGCUGCUGAGCGCCGUGCCCAUCUCCUACCUGUGCACCUACUACGCCACGCAGAAGCAGAACGAGUUCACCUGCGCGCUGGGCGCGUCCCCGGACGGGGCGGCAGGUGCGGGGCCCGCAGUGCGCGUGAGCUGCAAGCUCCCGUCCGUGCAGCUGCAGCGCAUCAUCGCGGGCGUGGACAUCGUGCUGCUGUGCGUCAUGAACCUCAUCAUCCUCGUCAACCUCAUCCAUCUCUUCAUCUUCCGCAAGAGCAACUUCAUCUUCGACAAGCUGCACAAGGUGGGCAUCAAGACGCGCCGGCAGUGGCGCCGCUCGCAGUUCUGCGACAUCAACAUCCUGGCCAUGUUCUGCAACGAGAACCGCGACCACAUCAAGUCGCUCAACCGGCUGGACUUCAUCACCAACGAGAGCGACCUCAUGUACGACAACGUGGUCCGGCAGCUGCUGGCGGCGCUGGCGCAGUCCAACCACGACGCCACCCCCACGGUGCGCGACUCGGGGGUGCAGACCGUGGACCCCAGCGCCAACCCCGCCGAGCCCGACGGCGCCGCGGAGCCGCCCGUGGUCAAGCGGCCGCGCAAGAAGAUGAAGUGGAUCCCCACCAGCAACCCGCUGCCGCAGCCCUUCAAGGAGCCGCUGGCCAUCAUGCGCGUGGAGAACAGCAAGGCGGAGAAGCCGAAGCCCGCGCGCAGGAAGACGGCCACGGACACGCUGAUCGCGCCGCUGCUGGACCGCUCCACCCACCACUACAAGGGCGGAGGGUGCGACCCAGGCCCGGGCCCUGCCCCCGCCCCCGCCCCGCCGCCCGCCCCCGACAAGAAGCACGCGCGCCACUUCUCCCUGGACGUGCACCCCUACAUCCUCGGCACCAAGAAGGCCAAGCCCGAGGCGGUGCCCGCCGCCCUGCCCGCCUCCCGGAGCCAGGAGGGGAGCUUCCUGUCCCAGGCGGAGGACUGUGGGCUGGGCCUGGCCCCGGCGCCCACCAAAGAUGCUCCGCUCCCCGAGAAGGAAAUCCCGUACCCCGCAGAGCCAUCCCGGGCAGGGCUUCCCUCGGGGGGCCCGUUCCACGUCCGCUCACCUCCCGCCGCCCCUGCUGUGACCCCUCUGACACCAGCCAGCCUGGGCAAGGCGGAGGCCCUCACCAUCCUGAGCCGAAACGCCACACACCCGCUGCUGCACAUCAACACGCUGUACGAGGCCCGGGAGGAGGAGGAAGGGGGCCCCCGCCUGCCGCAGGACGUGGGGGACCUCAUCGCCAUCCCUGCCUCACAGCAGAUCCUCAUCGCCAACUUCGACGAGCCGAGAACGGUCGUGAGUACUGUGGAGUUUUGAGGGAUGGCACCGUCCAGGCCGCUGAGAGCCCCUCUGUGUGAGUGUGGUGUGGCCUGGCCAGCCUCCCAGUGGACGCCAGCCCUGCGUGGACGUGGCCUCUGCUUCGCCAGCACUGCCCGCAUCCCCAACCUCUGUCCGCAUGCCUGGGGCCUUCACCCCCACGCGCUCGACAGGGGAACCCGCCCGGACGGCAUCGCCAGGCACUGGCUGGGGUGGGGAAAGGUGGCCCCGUGGAGCCGGUGGCCAGGAAGGCUGAAGCCCGCCUCCCAUGCUCCUGCAUCAGGUGUCCAGACGUGGGUGGGGGCCGUGAGGUGAAGAGUUUAUUUUUUUAGUCCAUUUCGUCCUGGCCCCGGGCUGUGGCGAGACAGCCCAGCUCCCCCAGCCCCAUUUCGUCCUGGCCCCGGGCUGUGGUGUGUGGGGGAGCCCAGCUCCCCCAGCCCAGAGCCAGGGAAAAGGAAGGUGGGGCCAGUCCCACCAGUGAGGUGGCCACACCCAUGGGGUCACAUGCUCAGGGGUCACCCCCUGCAGGGACCUGAUGCCCUCGGGUGGGAGGGACCGAGGUCCACCCUCGGGUCAAAGAUCAACGUGCACUUUCUCCUUGUCGCCUGACAUACAUUUUAUUUUACUAAGACUGCUGUAGCGAACAAGCAUAUUUAUCAUCAGGAGACAGGAUGGGUUUAAAGCAGGAUGGUGUGUGUGUGAACGGGCAUAAGCAGAGGUGGGCGUGAGCGAGCGGGUGUGUAUGCACGAGUAUGCACGUGUGUGCCUGUGCACAGAGGGUGUGGUGCCAGCUUGGGUGGGAGUGUGUGAGUGUGAGGAGGCGGGUGAGUGCAUGAGUGCACGCCAGCGCAUGGCCCAUGUAUGAGGAGUGAAGGAGCCCAACGCAAUAACCACGUCCCCCACCCGGGCCCCCCGCCGCGGCUGAGGCCACAUGGCUUCCUGUGGGAGCCCCGGCCGGCACCCGGCUGGUCCCACCCCGGAUACCUCAGCCAUGGAGGCCAUGUCCUGCAGAAUUAACAAGGUAGCACCGAGCAUAUCAAUAAAUAUUAU